AACUGAUUGUUGAUGACAAAGCUUUCUGCUUCAAACUAUUGUACAUUUUUUUAAAACUCCUAUCCGUCACUAUCUCUCCAUGCACGGACGAAGGCUGAGAAAUCGUCUGAUGCCGAAUUUUGAUCGGAAUAUUAUUCUGGUUCUAUCCAAAAAUUACUCCAGAUGAUAACAAAAGUCUUUAAAAGCCAUGGGAAUUUGCUGCCAUUCCAAGCCCGUGAAUACAACUCCUAAAGAAACAAUAAAUUUAGAUACCAGGCAAGUUCAAGAAAAUGGAGAAAAUUUAAAAGGAAGGUUAGCUGUUGCAUUGUUUUCUCUCAACACAAGAGACAGUGCUAUAAUUAGUUUUGAAGAAGGUGAUACACUUAUCAUAGAAGAUGAUAGUGAUCCAGACUGGUACUUGGUUCGGCACACAAAGCGACACAACAAAGGGUUUGCGCCCAAAAGUUAUUUAGCUUUAAACGUUACAGUAGGACAAGAAGAUUGGUUUUUUGAAGAAACAAAUCGGACGGAUGCAGAACGAUUGCUUUUGCAGCCAGAAAAUCCUAGGGGAACUUUUAUGAUCAGGAAUAGUCAUAUACCAGGUAUUUAUGCUCUUUCAAUAAAAGACAUUUCGCCGGAAACAAAUGAAAUAUUCGUGAGACAUUACAAAAUAAGGACGCUAGAUAAAGGAGGCUUCUUUAUUUCACCAACCACUUAUUUUACCACCCUCAAACAGCUCGUCGUCUACUACUCAGCCGAGGCGAAUGGACUUUGUUGUAAACUACAGAAACCUUGCCCGCGAUUACGUCCGACUCUUCCCGGGCCGUCUCCGGAUAUCCGAGAUGAAUAUGAAAUUCCAUACGAACAAUUACAGUUUGUUCGACAGUUAGGUAAAGGAAACUUUGGAGAAGUCUUUUAUGGUUACUGGAAUGGAACUCUAGAAGUAGCUAUCAAAUGUGUGACAAGUCAUGGUGUCCAAUCUGAAGACUUCAAACGCGAAGUUGCUGUAAUGAAGGCCAUAAGCCAUCCGAAAAUCGUGCGCUUAUAUGCUGUUUGUACAGAAAGAGAACCCUACUGUAUAAUUAUGGAAUACAUGCCCAAAGGCAAUUUGCAGCAGUAUCUUAAAACUACGCACGGGCAGCUGUUGAAACUGCCUUCACUAGUAAAUAUGGCAGCUCAGAUCUGCGAUGGGAUGCAAUAUCUAGAAUCUAACAACUUAAUUCAUAGAGACCUAGCAGCUAGAAAUAUCUUGGUUGGUGAAGGAGACAUUGUAAAAUUGGCAGAUUUUGGACUGGCCAGGAUAAUGGAUGAAGCUGUUUAUGUAACCAGUGGAGGAAAACUGCCAAUAAAAUGGACGGCACCAGAAGCUUACACUACUGGACAAUUUAAUAUAAAAUCAGACGUCUGGUCCUAUGGUAUUGUUUUGUAUGAGAUUUUUACUCAUGGAGGCACGCCUUAUCCAGGUAUGAAAAAUCAGACAGUUUCCGAGUUGAUAACGAAGCAAGGUUACCGUAUGCCAAAACCUACUGACCCUGAAUGUUCUGAUGCUGUUUACGAAAUAAUGUUACUCUGCUGGAGGACAAACCCAGAUGAAAGACCAACUUUUGAAUUUUUAUUUAACUAUUUCUCAGAUUAUUACAUUAGUUCUGAAACAAAUUACAGAGAACUAUGAAAACAUAAACGAAUGUCUCAUGAUAAUUAUAUAACCAUUAUAAAAUGCAUGGAGAAAAAAUAGCUGACAUAUCGCAGUUGAUAAUGUUGCAGCAAAUGCAAACUGAACUACACUGUAAAUAAACCGGCCAAGGAUGCUUACAACUAUAUUUAAUGUAUGGAAUUAAUGUUGCA